AUGUGCGGGAGAAAGGCAAAGAAGCCACUAUCCGACUGCGGAUGCUGCAACGUGAUCAUACUUGUGUCCAGCAAUUUGCCGGACGGCGAAACCGAUGAUGAAGGUUUGUCACAAGCAGAAGAAAACACCAACUUCAAAAUGACCAAAGAGUCGAAUGUCAUAGGGGAGGUCUGCGUACGUGGUAAGAACGUGAUGGCUGGUUACAUCGACAAUCCUCAAGCAAACGCCGACGCAUUCCUUCCCAACGGUUAUUUUCGCACUGGCCAGCUCACACUUGUGGGGAGGCUGAAGGAAGUAAUAAACAAAGGAGGUGUGAAGAUAGGACCCAGCGAAAUUGAACAUGCAGCUUUAUCGCACGAGCUAGUUCUGGAUGCCGUAUGUUUUCGCAUCACUCGUGUUAUGUAUGGAGAAGAAAUUGGUCUAGCUGUCAAGCUCCACUCUGAUUGCGAGAAAGGCGAAAACACCGAGAAAGAUUUAAAGCAGCUUAUGAGAUCUAAGCUAUCAGGUCUUAAAGUCCCUAGAAAGAUUAUCUUUGUAGAUGCUAUACAGUAUAAUAAGAUAGGAAAGUCAUUAAGGGCACGUAUAUUGCAACAGUUUGCAGAAGGACCGCUAUAA